GCUUUGCUUCUUCCGCGCCAUCGCGCACGAUGCGAUUGCAGUUUCCAUGGCGCCGCCGCCGCCGAAUGCCACGGCGCUUGCCACGGCGCUUCCGGCGUGGGCGGCGGAAAACGCCUUGUUCCGCCGCCACCGGCGCCUCCUCCCGCUCCUCCUCCCGGUGGCUUCCCUCCGCGCCCUCGUCCCUCUUCUCUCCCACUGCCUCGUCUCCGGCCUCGCCCGCAACCCCUUCGUCGCCUCCCGCCUCCUCCUCGCCUCCUCGCGCCUCUCCCUCCAGUUCUCCCUUCUGCUGCUGUCCCACAUCCCCGCCUCCUCCCUCUCGUCCUUCUCCUUCAACUCCCUCAUCCGGGCGUCGCCUCCCCGCACCGCCCUCCAACUGUUCGACCAUAUGCGCCGCCGGGGCGUGCACACGGACCGGUACACACUUCCGUUCUUGAUCCAUGUCUGUUCAUCCGGUGAUCGCCUUCUCUGCGAAUCCCUACACGGGCAAAGUCUCUGCCUUGGUUACGGUUCCACCCUCUUCACGCAGACGGCGCUGAUGAACGCCUACUUCGUGUGCCGGUUGUGGGCUGCCGCCCGCAGGGUGUUUGAUGAAAUGCAGGCGAAGGAUGUUGUUGCAUGGACGGGCAUGGUGUCGGGAUACGUGGAUUCUGGGAUGUUCCUUCGAGGUAUCAUGGUAUUUCAGGAGAUGAGAAGCUGCGAGGACGUUGUUAGGCCUAAUGUGGCAACAGUUGUGUCGGUUGCUUCUGCGUGUGCUGGAUUGGGCUCACUAGAGUAUGCCAAGGGACUGCAUGGUUAUGUCGAGAAGGUGGGAUUGGAAGGAGAGUUGAUUGUGACAAAUGCUUUGAUCGAUAUGUAUGGAAAGUGCGGUGGCAUUGAGUUAGCUCGUGGCUUGUUUGGUUUGAUGCCUCAGAAGGACCUGCAUUCAUGGACAGCCGUGAUUUCAGGGUUUGCUUCUCAUGGCCAUGGCAAAGAGGCAGUUGCUUUAUUCUUGAGCAUGCGAGAGUCAGGAGUAUUGCCAGAUUCCAUUACCUUCGUUGUGGUUCUGUCUGCCUGUAGCCAUGCUGGAUUGGUGGAUGAGGGAAUAUCUGUCUUCAAUUCCAUGGAGAAUGAGUACAAGGUCACCCCUGAUAUCAAGCACUAUGGUUGCAUGGUGGAUCUCUUCAGCAGAGCAGGGCUUGUUGCACGUGCUUAUCAGUUCAUUGAAAGUAUGCCUUUUGAGCCAAACCUUGCAAUUCUCGGGGCAUUAUUGAGUGCUUGCAGUAUCAACAAUGAAUUGGAUCUUGGGGAACUAGUUAUCAAGAAGAUUGAGUCUGUUUGCUCGUAUAAAGGAGGUACCAGUGUGCUUCUGUCCAACAUUUAUGCUAACCAAAACCUGUGGCAUGAAGUUGAUUCUCUUAGAAGGAAGAUAAGAAAUGACACUAUAUGCAGAAAACCACCUGGCCAGAGUGUGAUUGCAGCGGAAGUUCCUUUCAUGGGUUCUUGAUCAGGAUUUCAACACAUCCACUCUCAGUGCAGCUUCUCUCGUUGUUGGGCAGAAUCUUCUGUACAUUGAUAGAGGUAACAAGACAAAAAUCAUUCUUCCAGCAACUUAGGGGAGUUCUCAAGAUUGAUUUGUAGGUGUGCUAUCUUGAUCAGCACUAACAAGCUCUGGUGGUACUUGGUGAACCCUAAAAUCCUAGCUGUACCUUUUACAUGUUCGAUUAUUUUAUGUGUUUAUGUUUAGUACUGUAUUAUGCUCCUGAGAUUUUACUUAUUCAGCCUCUCAAAUUCUUUAAAUAUUUUUGGUGUAGAUUUGAAAAAGCAUUUGAUUAUCUACAAUCUCCAAUCUCCGAUUUAUGCCCAGUCCGUUUUGCUUCAAAUGAAGAUAUGAUUUUCUGAAGCAGCAUGGAAGCACACCAACUACCCCUUCUCUUUUGGAAAAGAAAGAAAUAUGCCACCUUAAUUUAUUCUCCGUCCAAAACUAGUGCAUACUAAAUUGCCGCUACUCCCAGCAAAAUGUGUUGCCGAAUGAUGCCAGCGAAAACUUAUUUGCUCCUGCAAGACCCACAUCCACAUGCCACUCCCGAAAGAAAUCAAGGCAGAAUGUCAGCCGUAGAGAGGUGUAGAGGCUAUUUUCACCGGUGGCUGGUGGAAAGUGGUGACUGGCGUAGACGUACAGCUACUCCGGCAAUGUGUAACCUUCAAUUUCUUCCUCCAGAAUACAAACACGCGUAAGAAGCUCCCAAGGGUUGUUAGGGGUAAAAAGCUUUCGUGUGCCUGCACUGAAACCAAGAGAACCAAAUCAUCAUUCCCCUGCAACUUUCCAGAAUCUAAUCUAACCUGGAUAUCACAGCACUGGGUAAAGGCUAUGGAUGCCAGUUUCUUCUCCUGUAGAGUAUAUCUCUUUCUCCAUGGAUCAUGUGGUAAAGGAAUCUGGGGCAAGGAAAAGAAUGCAAGCAAAGUUGGUGUGGGUCUCGGAUUCGCCUUGCCACUUGACCGGCACCCACCGAGGAGGUGCAUGCACAGGUUAGCUGCCCAUGGCCAUGGGCUCCUUGCCUUCCUCCUGGGCCGUGUGGUGGACUGGUGCGGCUCUUCGCGUUGACAUAGAGCCUUUGUUCUCUUCCCAGCAACUUUAAUAAUUCUUAGGGAUUGUUUAGUUCGAGAAAUAAUUUUUUGAGUGUCACAUCAAACGUUUGGCUGGAUGUUAGAAGGGGUUUUGACAUGAAUGAAAAAACGAAUUUCACAGCUCGGCUAGAAACC